UUCACUUUCGGCUUUUGCAUUCUUCUGUGCUUGUAUCGCCUGUAUACUGUCGAAAGAAGCCCGUUAUCGUAUGCUGCUGUUGACGUGUACAGCAUUCGUUGUCGGUCGCUAUCGUGAAUCCACUUUAUUUUUACGAUUAAAUUGAAUCUAUAUUGUUGUGAUUGUUGGUUGUUCGCAUUCGCGCAGUACAAGGGUCGGCGUUGUGCGAGACAAAAUUCACCCCGGUGCAAUCGUAUUAUAUCUCGUUCUAGGUUGCUUUAAAACUUACCAGUCAACGAAAUGAUGAGGCUUGUCCACACAAGAACCGUUCCGCUGAGAGUGGCCAGCAGCGGUCCACUAGUGAGAAUACUGACGGCGGGUGCAUUCAGCACUAACGCACUGCCACCGCUGCCACUUCCUCGCCUGGAGGAGACUAUGAACAAACUGUUGAGUACAGUUGAACCACACGUAACUGAAGAUGGAUAUCGUAAGACUAAAGCUGCCGUAACAAAAUUCACCGCACCUGGUGGAGUGGGACCGAAACUUCAAAAACUCCUGGAAGAGCGAGCCGCUUCCAAGAAAAACUGGCUGUCCGAUUGGUGGUUGCAGUCCGCCUAUCUAGAGUAUCGUGAUCCUGUCAUUAUCUACUCUAGUCCCGGAUUAGUUUUUCCGAAACUCAAUUAUGCAACUGUAGAUGAGCAGCUGAAAUGUGCUGUCAAAAUUGCAUUUGGAGCGCUGCUCUACAAACGCAUGAUCGAUCGCAACCAAAUUAAGCUGGAAAUGAUGGGAAAAGCCCCUCUGGAUAUGUCACAAUAUAAUAAAAUCUUCGGCACCUGCCGAGUACCUGGUAAGCCGGCCGAUUCACUACUGUUCCAUCCGAACUCAACGCAUAUUGUUGUUGUGUCGAACAAUCAAUAUUUCAAGGUUGAAGUUGGCAACUCCGACAGUAUUAUUGCUGAGGACAAACUUUACCUUCAGCUGCGCGAGUGUCAGGAAAUGUCCCGACAGAAAUCCGAACCUAUCGGAAUGUUAUCUGCUCUACCGCGUGACAACUGGUACGAAGCUUAUACCGUUCUAACCGCGGACGCAACCAAUCGCGAAACCAUCAAAGCGAUCCAGAGUUCACUCUUCGUACUGUCACUGGAUUACGAGAUCGCAAAUUCAUCUGGGGAUGAUGUGAUCGACGCUUGCCAUUUGCUCAUUCAUGGCGGGGGAUCAUCGGCGAACUCCGGCAACAGAUGGUACGAUAAAACAUUGCAGCUGGUAGUCGCCCCCAACGGCAUAAAUGGAUUAACCUAUGAGCACUCGCCAGCCGAAGGUCAACCGAUUGCAGUGCUGACAGAUUUCAUAAUCAACUACCUAGCCAAAGGUGGUCAAGAGGGGUCGGUAAAAGAUUUUCCCCCUCCACAGAAACUUAAUUUCAAUCUAACCUCGGAAGCUUAUAAUUUACUGGAAAAGGCAGCGGCCAGUCACGACAAACUGAUUGGGGACUUAGAUAUGAACUAUCUGCAUUACACAGGGUAUGGGAAAAAUUUCAUCAAAAGCCAGAAAAUGAGCCCGGACAGUUACAUCCAGAUGGCCAUUCAGUACGCAUUUUACAAGUUGCACCGAGUUCCUGCCGCUCACUAUGAAUCGGCUCAAACGAGAAUGUACGAGGCCGGUCGUACCGAAACGAUUCGUUCUUGCUCAAACGAAUCUGUCGCCUUUGCCCGGGCCAUGCUUGAGAAAACAGCAGCACCUGCGGAAAAGCUAGCCAAGCUAAGAGCCGCAGUCGAUUCGCACAAAUCGUACGCCUCCAAAGCGGUGCAAGGGUUCGGCGUGGAUCGACAUCUGCUGGGGCUAAAACUAGUGGCCAAGGAAAAUCGUAUACCUCUUCCAGAGCUGUUCAAAGACGACGGUCUGCUCGCCAGCGCACAUAUGCGAUUGUCCACCAGCCAGGUAGCCUCGCGGUACGAUGCGUUCAUGUGCUACGGGCCACUAACGGCGGACGGGUACGGCUGUUGUUACAAUCCCAAGGACAACGAUAUGUGGUUCGGCAUUUCAUCGUUCAAAAGUAAUCCGAUCACGAAAUCUGAAGAUUUCCGCGACAACCUGCGACAGGCGCUAGACGAUAUGUUCGUGGUUCUUAGCAAGGCUGGUGGUGCCAUCGGUAGCAAACUGUAGGGGGUUUUUGGAGUGGAUAAUUUUAGUCUGGAAGGAACAGUUGUGAUUACGGAGAUUCUUUUUUUAACAAUGUGGUGAUGGUUUUCUUA